GCUCCUCGUCACUCGAACUUCAACAUCGCCUUGGCGUAGAUGAUGUCCGCCCAUCGUACACGCUCUACUUCUUGCUCAUGAGAGCUCUUUCGCCGAGUUAACCUCCCUAUUCACGAUGUUCUCUCCUUCCCAAAAUGGCGCUGCCCCUCCGGCCUCAGUUCGAACCUCCCGCCGGAGACAACGACCUCUAUCCAACGAGGGCUCUAUCGUCGAGCCAAAGCGGAAGAGGCAAAGAAGUGCGCUGAAUGAGCAGACAUUUGUUCCUCCAGAUGGCGCGCCGGAGAUGGAGGAGGCGAAACAUCACAAGACAGCUGCGCUCGUGAGGAACGAGAGCGUUAGAGAAAUUUCAGGUCCGCACCGAGAGAUGGUUGUACGAGGGAAGAAGUCGAGAUCGGCAGACCGAAGUAACAAAGGGGAUGGGAGUGUCACUCUCACCGCGAAUGAUACCUAUACGGUCAGCAAGCUUCCCGCCUUCCCAGAUCGCCUUCGUGCAGAUGUCGCAGGUCGUCAACAUGGAGCAAUUUAUUCCGACAACGGCUAUGCUCUUACCCUCACUCAUACCCAUGCAAUUGUCUGGCCGUAUGUUGUUAGUAGUCCUUCACCGGAGACCUUCGCUUUCGAACUGCCACAAUCUUCAAAGCACACAUCCAGCCCUCUGCCAAUCGGCACUCUUGUAUCGCCAUCAACAUCUUCCUCGGACCCUGGACUAGUUGUGGUCAUCCCUUCUACGGGCAAGGUCACGUAUUGGGAAUCAAUAUCUAGCGCGGCUACUCUUGACCUUAGACUUCAACGGAAUGGGGUAGAAACAACGAUCCAAGGAAUCUCUUCAGGGGAAACAGUCAUACAAAUCUUGAAUGCCGAGUCCGCUGGUUUCGUACUCUCAUUCAGCAGUGGCCGAAUUGCAUAUAUGAGCGUUCGAGAUGGACAGGGAAGACCUGCGAUCACCAUCCAAUUUCUUCGAGGUGGGACUGGGCCUGUCAAUGGUGGUAUCUUUGGCAGCUUGCGCAAUGCGCUUUCCAGCUCUGCUGGGCGUGGAGAUAUAGCAGCUGUUAGAGCGGGUCCACAAGAGAAAGUUGGAGAGAGAAAUGUGGUGGUAGCAACUGCGAAAGGGAAGAUCCAAUCCUGGAAUAUGCAUCGUGGCGGCCAUACCGCGCUGAAUGCAGAAGCAGAAGGCAGAGAACCUAUUGUCAUGGCAAUAAAGAGGGCGAUUCCGGUGAUGACGGACCUACACCUUGAAUCUUUCGAAAUUCAUGACUUUACGUACACACCAAAGUCAGUGACGGACUCCCAAAUUGUCGACCAAGCCGAAAACGGAGCCCAUAUCUUGCUUUUGACCUCGCUGAGCGAGCGACACAACUCUCACUACUUUCUUGUUGAGAUUGUGUUAAAGCGAGACGAGAUGAGUAUUGGAAAUAUCAGGGCGAUCAAAUCAUAUACCUCUCCAAUCAAUCGGACGGCAACGUCAAAACCUAGAAUCUACCUACCAAACCCGGCUCUUGUCGCCUAUGUCGUCUUCGAUCGAGCUGUCGUCGUCCUUUCUAUGGCGACGCAACCCGACUCACCUGAUCUGCAGCUCCGAGCCGAGAGCUAUAUCCUUCCACAAUCAUUUGAGGAUGUUAUCGACUUCCGAGAGGACCUCAAUGUCGAGAUUGUUGGCUCUGGCGUGGAAGAACCUCGCGGGCCGUCGCAUGGUAUUGAGGAUGCGAAGACUCGCCGCCAUAAGGCAAAGCAUCCUGCAGUCGUUCUGAUCGUUCGGGGCGGAGGAGUAGUUCGUGUUGCAGCAACUGACAUCACAAAAUUGGCUUCGAGCAGAUCCCAACAAGUCACGGCGAAAAGCAAAUUAGAACAGGCAGUCUUCUUCGGGACCAUGGAUCAAAACCCCCUCAGCUUCGCAGUACGGCCCGAACUACAAUUUUCAUCUGAGGAGGUUUCCGAAGCGGCACUGGAGCUUAGUCUUGACAUAUUGAAAUCCGAAACUCCUCAUAUUCCUUCCGUCCCUGCGUCCAUCCAUCAGAACUUAGAGAAAAGAUCUGCAGCUCUGCAGCAUCUUGCGGAUCACCUGAAAGCAAGUGGUGUGGCUCUGGACCGCGCGACAAAAUGGAAGCUGCUUUGGAAUGCAGAAAAAAUGAGAGCUGCAGUAUUGAUCUGGAAGCGCUAUGAUGCUUGUGUCAGGGAGAAGGCGGUCGGCCAGAAACGAGGACUUCUCGCAGAGGUCGUUGACUUCAUCCACGAGGACUACAAGACCCAGCCGGUUCCUGAAGCUGGUGAGCUGGAUCGUGUUCGCCAUUGGUUCAUCAGGGAUAUCUGGAAUCUGGAGAUUGCCAUUCCAUGGGCAUACCAAGUCAUCAAGUAUACCUAUCAAGACGGACAGAAAGAUCACAACUAUGUGAUGAAUAUAAUAAGCGAAGCUGAUGACCUCGUUCUCGGUGCUUUGCAAGGUGCCUUCGACUUUCGGACUGCCAACUUGGAGCUCUACGGCCUCGCAGAUGAGGAAUUGGAGCACGGAAUUUUGAAGGACAAUUAUGAGAAGCUUCCACAGUUUUGGACAUCCACAUUUUACGUCGCAGAAAACCUGAGGAAACAAACUCAACUGGCUGGUGCACUCGUCCAGGAAUACUGGGGCAAGGACCCACAAGAAGGUCAUCCGAGUCCGGUUGUGGUAAAUAAAGUCCGGCAUGAAUAUUCCACUCUUAUUGACGUUGCCAUCCGGUCAAACACCGAAUGUGUUAGGUGGGACUUUGCGCAAGGUUCACACGAAAACCAAAUUGAGGGAGAACAGAUCGAGGUUGCGCAGAGCUCCGCCCAAGAAGAACAGCUUAGGAUACUCGCUACUAGUCUUGAUCUGGCGGACGAAGCAAUUGAACUGGCCGAAAAACACGAAAUUCUCCCUACCCUUGCAGUUGUCCUCCAGUAUGAAGUCGAAUUCAGCCGUCAGAAAGUGAGUGAGCCUGGUCAUAGCCAAGAAGAAUAUGGGCACUGGGAAGACCGAUAUCGCGAUCUGCGAAACCGAUUGAGGGCCUGUUUUGCAAAAUUUGGCACAAAAUGGGCCACUGCUCUAUUCGAGUAUGAAGUUGGUAUAGGUUCCAUGCAAGACCUGUUGGACGGAUUGCCAGAGGAGCAAGAGUAUUUGACUGCCUUCUUACGCAGCAGGCCAGAGUAUGCAAAGGUUGCAUGGAUCAACGAGGUGACUCGAGAAAAGAACUUUGUCCAAGCUUCGAAGACUCUCCUUGACCUUGGUCUGACGCGCGAGAUGGAUCUCUGGAGCAAGAAAAUCGAGUUGAGCAUGGGGAAGUUGGCUCUGCUCGCGGGUAGGAACUACAGCCAGGCGAACGGGAUCAUCAUUCCAGAUGGAGGAAAGACCGAACUUUCUUCAGUCCAUGAACAGCUCGCGUUGAUCAAGAUCCAGGAUCAGAUAUACGAGGUUGUGCUUCCUUCUAUUGCCAAUGCGAUCGAUGAAAACGCAGAACUGCAACUGGCACUCGAAUCUCAUGGCAACAAUUCCUUGACAAGUCAACCCACUUUCACAUCGUUCCUGGAAGAAAGCAUGACGCGUCUCGUCAAGCAUGAAGCUAUGGACGUCCUGGCAUUGAUCGAUCUCCUCACGCUCAUGACCGGCGCAGAGGACCUCCGCAGUGUGCAGUUCUAUCAAGCUCUCCAGGCAACUUGCUACGGACUGCACAGAGAUGACCAACGACUGACGCAGCGUAUCAUCUGGAGGCGAUGCAUGUUGAGAGAUGAUUGGGCCGAUAUCAAUAACACCGAGCAAAAAGACGACCAGCAGGUUUCAGAGCAGCUAUCGAAGACAGCUUUAUACCAAACGUUCCUAUCCUGUCUUAGAAACCGCUUGUUUGACGAGAAGUCACCGGUGAAGCCAGUCAGCCCAGAAGAUGUUCUAGGAGCGGGGACAGAGGAGCUAGACCAUCGAUUCACUGGACUGGACGUAAGUAUUAGAGAGAAGAUUAUGAAGGACAUGCAAGCAGAAGAUGUCUUGUUGACACCUUUCAUCAAAUCCUGCAGGCUUGACAAGUGGUACCAGACGGCGCUGGUGCAAGCUAAGCAAGACUACGCAGAGGAAGUGAAUGAUGAGAAUGAUGACGGACGAAAGAUGAAGGAGGCAGAGGAGACACUCAAACAGGUGGAACGAGGCAUCAAGGAGAACGAGAGAAAAAAGGCAGAGAGUUUGCUACAUGCGAAGCCGCGGCACAAUCUCAAGGCGAAUGGUCAUGUUGGGAGCUUCCGGAGAUCGAUCAAGCAAUACUGAAUGAGGGAAGACAUAAUGAUAUCAACGGCGAACUGUAAAUUUAAAAUUGUAUAGCAUUCUUGAUACCCGGCGAACUGGGAAGCAAGACGAGGAAUGACCAGAUGUGUAUUCCCAAGACCAAACCAGACCCAUAAUAUAUUUUAUAUCGCC